AUGUUUACUUCCUCACUCCUUUCCACCUUGCUUUUGGUCGGUAGAGCCUGGGCACUCCCGAUCGGCGGUGCUGUCGACUCCAGUUACGAUGCAUGGGCCACGGCAUUGUCUGAUGUCGGUCCUUUGAUCUUACUCAUCGGGGAGCGCAGUACCAAACAGCUGCUCCGAGAUGUCAGGAGUGUCGCCGGUGCCUUCAGCCUCGCCGGUGCCUUCAGCCUCGCCGCUGCACCACUUGGCCCGGUCUCCAUUGUCACCAGUCUGCUACGAAUGUCUGGCUCUGAUCGAAUCCGCUCCUUCUUGGGUUACGAGCAAGAAUCUCGAAGUGUCGCUGCACUGGAGAUGUCUCGGGUCAAUUGCAAUGCUGUCCACCCGGAAUUGAUUGAGGGAUACUUGGUUCGGACAACCGCUGCAACGUCUGCGCUGCACGCAGGCGCCGUCGGGGUAUCUGCCUUACAAUCCACGUUGACUGCGGCGUCUAUAGGGGAUGUUGUGACCCAGUUGCUCGCCUGCCACUCUUAUGAGGCGGCGAAAAUCCGUUUGCGAGUCCCCAAGACAGAUGCGAAGUUAAGGUGGUGCUCCCAGAUUUUGAUCGCCGACACCAGGAGAGAUGGUUUGAAAGACCAACUAUUUGAGAUCCUUGCCGCUGCUUUACAGGUGAAUCCAGCAGGGGAAAAGACCGAGGACAUCAGGGUCUCUGAGCUUGGGGAAGACACCCUCUGCUUCGUCCUCACCUUUGAUGCGAUUUCUGAAUACUGCACGGCCUAUGUAACGUCCCGAAAGAUCUCCCUGCUUAUCGGCCUGGGCUCGGCACUGCUCAUCGUGGGCCUCUACGUGGUCGAACUUCGAUACAGCCGAAACUGGCAGAUUUCCACCGGGUGGCUUCUUACCAUACUGGGGUAUCUCGGAAUCGUCACAUUCGUCACGCUGGCUGCCCGACAUAUUCAGCGUGCAAGCCACUCCAUCCCGCUUCGAUCGAAGAACACAAGGCUAUCCCAACCCUGGCAAGAUGGACUGGCGAUAGCGGCACAAUCCGACAGCAAAGCAGGCGCCGAGUUUCUGAUUGCUGCAAAUGGCGGAGCUCAGGCUUUCGAGGCCAUAUGGCUGAAGCCUCUCACUCCAGCGGCAUGUAUCAAAGCCGAUGCGAUCGGGAUUUUCUUGACUCUUAGCUUUUUGUGUCAUUACCUUGGCCUGCGAUCUUCUUCAUGGUGGUUAGGCGUCUGCGAACUAGCGAUCUGUAUCUCAGCUGCAUUUGCUCGGAGCUUGACAAAGAGCCGGCCGACAAGGCUCCAUCUACCGUCAGAUCACAAAUCUCAUCCGAAUGUGGACUGGCGGUGUUGCACUACUGGGCUCAUCAACAUCCCACACUCUAGCGAAGCGGAGGAAGCAACACGACCAGAUCCACAUCGACUUGAUUUACGCAUAUACUCCUCUGAUGACGGAGUCAUGCUCCCGGCGCCUGCCGAGAGCAUUGCCUGGCAUUCUGCGGCCCUAUGUGUGAAAGACCAAUCCCUGCUAUCCUGGGUCCUAGAGACCACCGGAAUGAGGUUGAGUAUCUGCAAAGGCCACAACGGAGCAGACAGACGUGCAAUUGUUGUCUCUUUCUCUGCAGGGGUUCUAUGUCAGGAAGGGCUUGCCUUGACAGACGUGAAUACAUGCGUGGCUUUCUCUUGCCAACUAAAAAGCCUUAGCACCCCAACUCCAUGGCUUGCCCGGGCAAUCAUGAGACAACCUUCGUGGAAAGCUGAUCGCGACAUGUUCGCGGGAGUCACUGACACUAUUGGGAAGGUCCACGUACCCUCAUUAAGCUCACUCAUGACCUGGUGGACGAUGAGCGAAUUGAGGAAUGCUCCUCGGGACAAUCAAGAAAACCUGCAGUGGGCGUUUCUGUUGCUUAACACAUCCUUCUUUGCGCUUUUGCAAUCUGCCUCCGCGUCCGAUCCAGCGAUCCUCCAGAAUCUCGCAGGAAUUCAUGGCGCCACCGGGCCCAAGUCUGAGAGCGCAGCGUACAUUUUUGUCGAGAGGAUCAAGGACGAGCGCUUGAAGUCGUUGUCUCGAAGCUCAAGGAAUCAGCCAGGGACUCUUGGGCCUUGA